GUAAAUGGAAUAGUCCAAGGUCAAAGAUCAAAUUUGAGGUGAACUGGUAGUACCUGGUACUGUGGUCCCAUGAUCAGUCUUGCGAAGUGUGUUGCGACGGAUUCAAGGCUCGACAUUCAGAACAUUCCGCUCCAGUAAAAUCACAAUGGCAAACGCCAACAACGAGACCCCGUGCUGUAUCGGGGACAGACUGGAGUAUGGCUCCAAGGGGAGGGAGCUGAAGGUGGGCGGCGUCGACAUGUACCUGGCCACGCCCAAAACCCCCACCAAGAAGGGAAUCGUGGUUUAUAUAGACAUCUAUGGCUGGCAGAUGCCCAACACCCGUUACAUGGUGGACAUGAUAGCCAACAAUGGAUAUGUGGCAAUUCUUCCAGAUGCAUUUCAAGGUGCAGAACCUUGGUCACCUGACAGAGAUAAGAGCACCUUCCUUGAAUGGAAAAAGACAAAGGACCCAAACAAAAUUCAUACCGUAGCUGAUGCAGCAGUAGGUUACCUACAGCAGGAGUGUGGUGUGGACCAGCUGGGAUGUGUGGGUUUCUGCUGGGGAGGGCGAGCUGUGCACGCCUGUCUGGUGGACCGGAAGGACUUCAAGUGUGGAGUGGCUUUCUACGGUAUUGCUAACAAAGAUGAUGAGAAACUUGGACUACUGAAUGCACCUGGGCUCUUCAUCUUUGGAGAAAAUGAUCCUGUGAUUCCUUUGGAUCAGGUUGAAACUCUUAAGACAGAGUUGAAGAAGUCUUGUAAGGUGGACUACCACGUGACCGUGUAUGAAGGAAUGCCACACGGUUUCGCACAUCGUAAAAAGGAAGAGAAUGACAAAGAUGCAGCGGCCAUUGAUGGGGCACGUCUUGAGAUGCUGAAGUGGCUGGAGAAGUACAUGUAAUAAGCCAUAUGAAUACAGGCUAUUUCCACACUUUCCUUUACCUUUAUGAAGUGUUCAUUCACCUAAUACAUUGUAGUAUGUGUAGAUGAUUGGCAUGGCUGAAAUGGAGACUACUAGAUAAGUACACUGGAAACAAUUGUAAGUUCAAUGUUCAGGUUUUAAUUGAGAUUCUGGAUAAUGCUAUAACAGUUUGAUUAGAUUCCAUUCAACUUGAUAAGAUUCAACUUGAUAAGAUCAACUUAAAACUAGCUCACAAAAUUGUAUGAUGCUAGUAGUCCCUAUUUUAUAAAGAAUACAGGGGUAGAUGGGAGUGGACAACAUCACACAUUCGCUCAUUACUUUGAUGAAUGUUAGACAUCCAGAUCAAUAAUAUUUGAGGACCUUACAAUGAACAUAAGUCUGUAUAAUUAGACAAUAAGAAUAUGUAACAUUAUAUAUGUGAAUUCAUACAUAUCCUGAUAUCUAUAUUUGAUUGUAUAACCAGAGAUAAUCAAAUUAGAUAGAUGAAAUACUAUCUACUUUAUCUUUUAUACAAUAAAUCAUCCACCACUUUG